CCCGAGUAUUGUUUGAACUCUGCACAGCGAAACUCUCCAGAAUCCUAACUGCCAGUGAAUCAACCCCAAAGAUCACUCUUCAUCAUAUUCAUUCAAAUAUUAACAAAUAUAUAUAGAGAGAGAUAGAGAAGAAAAGAAAUCCCACGAAAAAGCUCAGGCGAUCGCUUCUUUCCGCUUCUUCAGAGUUGGGAAACCCAACAUAUCUUCAGGUUUCAAAUGGCUCAAGAUAAUUCUGGUGCAGAAUCACCUCAUAGGAAACAAGGUCUCUUAAGAGAUCAGGUCCAGUUGGUAAAACGAAAGGACUCUGAUCGGUAUGAGAUUGCCCCAAUCCCAGAUCCACUGUCAUUUGAGAAGGGUUUUUUUAUAGUCAUCCGUGCCUGCCAGUUGUUGGCCCAAAAGAACGAUGGGAUAAUAUUUGUAGGGGUAGCAGGUCCCUCUGGGGCUGGGAAAACUGUAUUUACUGAAAAGGUACUCAAUUUUAUGCCUAGCAUUGCUGUCAUAUCAAUGGACAACUACAAUGAUGCCAGUCGAAUUAUUGAUGGCAACUUUGAUGACCCUCGCCUGACGGAUUAUGAUACAUUGCUUGAGAACAUCAAUGGUCUAAAAGAAGGAAAGGCUGUUCAGGUGCCAAUAUAUGAUUUCAAGUCUAGCAGCCGCAUAGGAUACAGGACAGUUGAAGUCCCGAGCUCCCGCAUUGUUAUUAUUGAAGGAAUCUAUGCUUUAAGUGAAAGACUACGGCCUGCUCUAGAUCUUCGAGUAUCUGUCACAGGCGGAGUGCACUUUGACCUAGUUAAACGAGUCUUACGAGAUAUACAACGUGCUGGCCAAGAACCAGAAGAAAUAAUCCAGCAAAUCUCUGAAACGGUAUAUCCAAUGUAUAAGGCUUUUAUUGAGCCAGAUCUCCAAACGGCACAUAUAAAAAUUAUCAACAAGUUCAACCCGUUCACAGGAUUCCAGAACCCUACUUAUAUUUUAAAGUCACUAAGGACUCCAAGUCUGGAACAAAUCAAGACUGUUGUUUCCCAAGAACAUACAGAAACUAUGGAGGAGACCUAUGAUAUAUUUCUUCUGCCACCAGGAGAAGAUCCAGAAGCAUGCCAAUCAUAUCUGAGAAUGCGGAACAGGGAUGGCAAGUACAAUCUUAUGUUUGAGGAAUGGGUAACAGAUAUUCCAUUCAUCAUAUCUCCAAGAAUAUCUUUUGAAGUUAGCGUGCGCCUUCUUGGUGGGUUGAUGGCCUUGGGGUACACUAUAGCAGCCAUCCUGAAAAGAAGCAGCCAUGUAUUCUAUGAUGAUAGGAUUUGUGUGAAGAUUGAUUGGCUAGAACAACUGAAUCGUCACUAUGUUCAGGUGCAAGGAAGAGACCGUUUAUAUGUGAAAUUUAUUGCGGAGCAACUGGGCUUGGAAGGUUCAUAUGUCCCUCGUACUUACAUAGAACAGAUUCAAUUGGAAAAGCUUGUAAAUGAAGUUAUGGCAUUACCUGAUGAUUUGAAGACAAAGCUAAGCAUAGAUGAUGAUCUGGUUUCGAGCCCCAAAGAAGCACUUUCUCGAGCCUCUGCAGAUAGGGUUGCCAUAAGAAAUAAGCAUCUGAAAAGUGGUAUGUCACACUCGUAUUCAACACAAGGGGACAAGAAUCUAUCAAAGUUGACGAGACUAGCUGUCACCAACAGAAGCUUUAAUGGAAGAAACCAGGAGUCAUCUGCAAUGAUGGCUAACCAGGGAGUCGUUACUCAACUCUCAGAACAAAUUUCCACUCUGAAUGAGAGGAUGGAUGAAUUUACAUCUCGGAUCGAAGAGCUAAAUUCGAAGUUAACUAUGGGGAAAGUUUCUGCUAGCCAGCAAAACUUGGCUCUGCAAGCAGAAGCCUGCAAUGGCUCUGGACCCACUUCACUCUUUGUCUCUGGGCUGGGCAAUGGUUCCUUGACUGGAUCCCUACUACCCAACUCCUCAUCUUCCUCCCAGCUUGCUAAAGAGUCUCCGCUAAUGGAAGAGAUAUUGAUUAUUUCACGAGGACAACGCCAAAUUAUGCAUCAAUUAGACAAUCUCAGAAGUUUUCUUCAUGAGAACUUGGGAGAAUGUUAUCGUCAUGGGAAAACAGACAGGAAAAGCAGGUUGGUCGAUGUUGAAUUUGUUGCGGUACCUCUGAUCUCAACAUUGGUGAUUGGGGGUUUGGGUAUAUUUUUAUUCAGAUUUCUGUCCCGAAAUUAAGACCACCACCAAAUAUUGGUUCAUUUUUAGGAUUUUGUUUGGUGUUACAUUACAUGUUAUUUUUAGCAGUCUACACUUCUGCUCGGGAAGACAAUUGAUCAAGUUGACUGAUCAAUCAUUAGAGGUUCUGGAAGCAGCCCAUAGCUUUCAAGGUUCUCUUGAGGUUUGAAAAGAAGGGUAGUUGCAAGUUUGUAAAUUCCCUUUUUGUUAUCUCAAAAUAUAAAAGGAAAUAGUUUCAAUUUCAAUAAGUAAACUUGCAAAUGUUG